AUGGUAGCUGAAUAUGAUGAAGAGCUGGUCAAGAGAAGGCGGCUAGAAAGUGGUGAUGCGGCUGUUCAAGAUGACAGUAAUGAGAAUGAGUCUAAUGAUAAUAUGACUAAGAAAUACGGUAUCGGUGCUAAAUUGUUAUUAAAGAUGGGUUAUAAAAAAGGACAAGGUCUUGGUAGGGAUGGUUCUGGUAUAUCUGAACCUAUUGAACCUGAAAAGAGGCCCGUUGCCAACGCAGGUCUUGGAUCGCUGUCAGCUGCAGCAAAUAAUGAGGAAGAAUCAGAGUCAGAAGCCACAAGUUCAGAUGAUGACAUGGUUCAUCCAUUGCAUACCAAAGAUCAUAACACUGUAGAUUUUCAAAAGACUUCAAUAACUUUUCCCAGUGAAGAUAUUUCCGAGUUGGAGGAAUUGGCUAGGAGUUUACAGAUCCGUUGUAAUAUAGGUUUACCUGUUAAAAUCAAUCAAGUAGAUGAAACUCGGAAGAAUGACUUGAAGAAACUGGGGGGUGAGUUAUUAGACGUUCAAGAACAACUAGAUGCUAUAGAACGUCGAAUACCUUUGGUAGAACCUGAAUUAUCCGCAAUGGUUAACAAGGAAGAACAGUUAAAAACAAUCGCUGAAUGUGAACCUGAGGCUUUUGAAAUAAAGGCACAUUUGAUACUACAAGCUUCUGAUCGGGAUUUGGUCGAUACGUUGUUUGCUGACUUGCUGCAUUCUACCUUCAAGAAAUUCUGGUUUAAUUGGGAUCCCUUAGACAGUUCAAAUGAAGUACUAAAAGAAUUUCAACCUUUAAUUUCAGAUGUAGAAUCUCAUAUUGAGUUUUCUGAUAUAAGUUAUAACCGCACACAAACUGUCAUUUACCGCAGCAUUAUGGAGAAGUUGAUCCCAUUUUGGCAAGAUUUCGAAUUGACAAAGGAUAAGAUUAAUCUCAUUAUACAGUUGAUUCUAGAUUAUCAACCCAUAUUCAAGCUUAUGAAUUGUGAAAAGUACCUUUUUGAAAAGUACAUCUCUGUCAAACUUAUCGAUGCCUUGGAAAAAUGGGAUAUAUCUGGUAAUCAUGAGGGAUUGCCGCCCAGUAUGUGGUAUUUCGACCUUUCCUUUCUGAUAUUGGACGAAACUCUUCAAAAACUUGAAGAAAUCGUCGAGUCUAAAUUGUAUGCAUAUUUUGAUAAAUGGCAUCACAGAAGAUCCAAGGUGAUACGAAGAUCCGAUUUAAUGGUCAUUCAAGAUUUAUUAGGUGAAGAGAAGUUUGUGGAUAUCAUUAGAACCAACUUUCUACCAAAAUUUAUUGAUCAACUUUGGGACAAGUAUUUUGAUCCAGUGCUGGAACUGGAAGAUCCAUCUCUGGAUGAUGGUUCGUUGUAUUAUUAUCAAAGGCUACGAGAAUACAGAUUGCUUUUCAAUACUGAAGAUUAUAAAACUCUCGUAGGUGCGGCAUUUAAUGAAUUGAAUAAAAUUCUUUACCAAUGGUUACUUUAUGCAGAUGACCAAGAUUUAUCAGGAGCUCAAUGGUGGUUCAACAGCUUUAUUAAUAAAAUUUUUGCUCAAAAUGAUCCAAUAGAAGUAGAAUUAGAGGAAAUACGCAGAUCUUUGAGAUUUUUCCAAGAUUCAAAUGCCUUGAACCAUCCUAUUCACAAUGAUAGAUUAGAUUUGAGAGAAGAAUUGAAACUGAUAGACCAUGAUAAAAAAUACAAUGUUCAAAACAUACCAUUGACGAGAGUAAGUCCGACGUUUAGGGACGUCUUAGAGGAUUACUGCGAAGAAAAAGGUUUCAUACUUGAAAAGACCGACCACUAUACGCAAUUACCGCAGUUCACCAAUCAAGAUGUUUUAGUUCCCGUGUUUAAAGUGCAUACAGGCAUUCGAAUCCACAACGUGGCCCUUAAAGAUGAUAUUCUAUGGGUUGAAAAAGGCAAAGGUUCAUUUAUUCCAACGUAUUUAUACGAAUUAGCGUCUUAA